AUGAGGACAGAAAUUUCGAAGGUUACUCAAGGAUUGGAGAGGAUUGUCGGUGGACAGUGUGCGGGUCUCAGUCCUCGCACUGUGAGGACCAGUCUAAAAGAGGUCAAGCAUAAGGUGUAUGCCUUGUUGUACUACUCAUUGGCCUCUAACGAGCCUGCCAUUCUAAACGACAUGUUCCCUGGAUUUUUCAACCAAGAGCUUGAGUUACCGCAUACAGCUGAGGAUCUUAUGCAUGAAACCUACAAAGGAUUUCAUGUACCCGAGGGAGAUGCAGCGGACACCUAUUCACAUACUGGAAGAUCAUGUGCCAGGAAGUUCGAGCAUGGCGAGCCAAUUUACGCCUGCAAUGAUUGUGGUAUCGAUCCCACCACGGUUUUAUGUUCUUACUGUUUUAACAGGGAUGACCAUGAGGAUCAUGAUGUCGGAAUGAGAAUCGCGACUUCAGAGAACGAAGGGAUAUGUGACUGUGGAGACGUCACUUCCUGGGUCAGGGAUCUUAACUGUAUGUGUGAGAUCGAGAGGGCUGAACGCGAUGACAUUCCUCAAUUCGUACAUGACCUGCGAGGUUCUGCUACGGAGACUGUGGCAGCAGCGCUAGAUUAUGUUCUUGGGGUUUAUACCUCGUUUGACCUUGCUUUUAGACCACAGCUUUCGCCGACAGAGAUGAUCAGGCAUUUUCAGAUGCUUGAUCCUGCCCCCGAUUAUGCUGAGUCUAAGCAGUUCUGUCUGUUGCUUUGGAAUGAUGAGUACCACAGUAUGCCCGAAGCAUUUGAAGCCGUGAAGAAUGUCACCGGUUGGACCAAGAACAUAGUAGACAAAUGUGUGGUUGAAAUUGACAAGAAUGGGUUCAGCUAUCUGAAAACUGGUGAUAUCACCUCGGUUCAUCGUGAUGCACAGGAAUUAAGGGAUCUUGGAUAUAGAUAUGAAAUCAUUCCUAAGCUUCACUUUGCAAGGUUCCUGAUCAGUGGAAUUAUCAUCGAAUGGUUGAGGGAUGCGAGCGACCAUCAUCUGCACGAGGUCCAAUCUUCGGUAAGAACGAGUAUAGCAGAGAGAUGCUUGGAGAAGUACGAUAAUGUUCCCCGAUUCCCACCUCUGAUGGGGACGCCUGACUCGAAUUCUUCGUUUCUGUCAAAUUAUUCAGCCUUGCUUGACAACGAUGGUCGAAUUCCAAAAGGCCAACUGGACGUUACCGGUUCCAGGAUCCAAUACUUUUUCUUUUUUGAACCGAGAUUCCCAAAAGGCAUUCGCUCUAUCCUGCAUUCGACCUUUGCCCCUAUCCUAAUCUCGUCUUUGGAUACAAGAGUCGAGUUUGCUAGGUUGUUAACUGAAAUAUAUCAGCAGCUGAUGUGCUGCAUGGCUUGCUGUGAUCGCGAGUAUAUGCAUCAUAGCCUUGGAGAAGUGUUUUUCCAACUGUUUGCAUGUCCUGUUACGACUGAGGCGAUCAUAGCUGCUCCCCAACGAAUCGAAAUUAUCGCCUACACAACCAGACAGGUUUGUAUGAAUGAACUUAUAAUCAGUCCACCUCCAGCAUUCACGAAGCCUAAUGCUGAGAGUUUCAGGAUUUUCAAAUGCCGCGCCGCCGCGAUUCGUAUCCUAGAGAAUCUCGUCGAGUGCGUCGAGUAUAAUGAAAAGCACCUGGGGUUUUUCAGAAAGAGCUUCGUUGAUGAACUAUGCGAACUUCUGAGUGACUUUGGCAAUCUGACAGGAAUUCAGAGGAAAACAGGUGAUCAUGUGCUAAUUGACACUACUCUGGGAUAUCAGAAUCUUAGGUUUUUGUCACUAUUGUAUGACAUCAUUGAGCACUUUGCAAAAAUGACGAGCGAGCUCACUGAUAAUAGUGCUUCUGAGGAAAUCGUUGAUGCCCUGGAGGCUGUGGUACUUUUCAUCAACAGAUCGAUAUCCGCAAGUUCGUUUUCGAUGCCACAGACGAGCGUAGGCAGUGGGGAAACAGACUAUCUUCUCAACCCACUACAAGCGUUUUGCUCAACGCUGGUAUACAAUUAUCAUGGAUUCGACUUCAGGUGGUUUGAAAGAAUAUACUCGGCCUCUUCUGCCGCUGAUUUCCGAACCCUUCUUAUACAUCUUGGAGACCGAAGCCUAUGCCGUACGGUUCUGAUGGCACAGAUAGACUCAGGUCACUGGGCAAGAAAUGGGACCAUGAUAGGCCACGAAGCAGAUCUUUGCAAGGAGAUAUCUGGGUGCACGGAUCUAUUUCUAUUCCAAUCGACUUUGCUCGCAGGCGCUCCUGUCUCAUCUCUCAUUGAGAAUGUCAUCUCCAAAUUUAAGUUUGAUCAAUGGCUGGUUUCUCCGGAUGCUGAGUAUGAGACUGAGUAUUUGGAGAGGAGUACAAGCCUCUUCGAUGCCUUGGUAGUCUUUUUUUACCAGGUAUCUAGCUGUUGGGAUUGGUUGGGUCCAUCGUAUGAUAAGUCAUCGCAGGCCUUGGGCGACCAAUUGGUUACCUUAUUGAUUGAGGAAUCUGCCACGUUCUCUGACUUGAAAAGUGAUGUCAGGACCACGGAUGACAAGAUUGAAACUUUCCUAAAGCAAUUUUGUACUUACAAACCACCUUCUGGUGUCUCUGGUUCGGGGAGGUAUUCUUUAAAGGAGGAUGUCUUGAAAAAUAUUGAUCCCAUGAGGCUUCCAUUCAGUUCGGCAUCACCAGAUGAACUUCAGUAUCAUAUUCGAAAAGUUAUCGCGAAACUGGACAAUUGCACUGAAGACGACGUUGUGUUUGUUCCAAAGCCUGUCCAGCUUCCUGCGAACAGGGCGCGCGAACUAAGCUUGAUAUCCGAGUUUGUUUCGCAUCCGCUGUUGUUGAAAUUUGUGGAUAAGCUAUUGAGUCAUCACACUAAAAAUGAAUCAGAUUCUUAUUUACUGAAUUUAUUGCACUUGGUGCAUCGAAUUGUGCUUGAUGUUUCGUCAGUUACACCAUUAGCAGAUUCUGCCAUAGCUUCGUCCCUAUUCAAGAUAAGCCGGGGUCAGUGGGCAGCUGGUGGUGUGCGUUAUAAGGCAAUGCUCAUUCUGAGAGAAGUUUUGCAGCGAGACGCCGAGAUGGCUGUCCAAGCGCAACUUUUCCGAAUGUUUGGUGAAGAUACUGUAAUCGAUGCUGUGGAGUUGAAAGCCCCGGCCGUGAAGAAAAACCUUUCGAAAAAGUUGGCCAACAAAAGGUUGAAAAAGCUGAUGGGCAAAAUGGCCAAGCAGCAGCAGCAGUUCAAAGAGAACAACCCAUCUUCCGACAAUGAAUUAGCACAAGAUGAACAAAGAGUGUGUAUAUCCUGCAAACUCGGAGCUCGAGAGAACGAUCCUUUGGUGAUCUUUUGGGAGCAGAACGUUUCUUCUGUUUUUAGGAUGAUAGGGCUUGGACCCGAAUCUAAAAAAUUUCGCAAUGUCUGGAAUACAUGUGGCCACUUCAUACACCUUGGUUGUUUUGACGGCCUUAAUGUCUUGCCUGGAGAAAAAAAGAAAUGUCCUUUCUGUGGGUUUUCUUCUAACGAAUAUCUGGUUAGCCAUCCUGUUGACUGUGAGUUUCCAGCUCUAACAGCAGUUGAAAGAAUCACAUUGAGGGAUAUCGAAGCUGCAUUUUUCCCUGUGAAAAAUGAACCCAUAGUUCGCUCGUCGGAUGCCGAUAACAUGUCAGCGCAAACUGGCAGCCAUUUCGAUGAGCUUUGCGAAGCUCUGGUUGACACUAUUAAAAUGGUGGAGAUUGCGUCUCGAUCAAAGGCAAGCUGUGGAGAAGAUGCAUACUCGGAAAGGCAGUUGACCCUCGUUCGGUCCGCGUUCCAAUCGUUUUUGAGCUCACCUGAGUAUUACACAAAAACGGUCGGGUCGGGUGAUGCGGUUUCGCCUCUGCUUAUGCUGUUUACCGGGCUGGGAAUCGUCGAGGACAAGUUUCAGAAGUGGGCAGAGCUUGGUGUUUUGGAAUACCGCUCAGUUGUAGCUGGCCAUGACUUUGAGAGAUACUCCGGAAUGAAUGCUAUUGACUAUCAGCCUUUGACUGAGGACCAGGAACGCCUGGUCUUUGAUUCUUAUGGAUCAAGGGCAACUGACUCGCAGGUUGUUUUGAAGAUUUAUUGGAAUCUAGCUUUUGUUGUUCUACAGAAGUAUAGAGAAAUUGUUCUUUUGCUUAUGGCAAUUUUCCCGAGCUUUGCACUGGAAUCUGCGGAAGCAAAACGAGGAACCUAUGUGGACAAAAUCAACUUAAUUGCCCAGAAAACCGGAUUGCCGAGGUUCCAGCAUUUUGUUUCGUUGUGUGGCACAGCUCCAGAGGACGAUGAUGCUGGCAACCCCAAAGAGUAUCUUGGGGUUGUUGGACUUCAUCCUUUGAAGCACAAACUUAAGGACUACAUUGACUUACUAUAUGGGCCAAUGGGAAAGAAGAGAUCCAGGAGCUUUUCGGGUGGCUCCACUGAAGAGUACAUUGUUUGUCUGAUAUGCGGAUCGGAUAUCCGGUUGAACUCGUUGAAAAUUGGCAAGUGCGAGGAGUUACAUGAUUGUGCUCAGAAGGGGCAGUGUAUUGCGUUCAAUCCCAGUACGAACAGUCUACUGUUCUUGGCUGGUCAUGACCGGCUUAGAGUUUCCACGUAUAAGACUCCUUACGUCACAUCUCAUGGUGAGCCUGCGCCGGGGCUGAUGAGAUCUCAAGAUCUUGCCCUUCUGGAUCCCCUCAAGUGGCAGAAUCUCAAUGACAAGUACCUUAACAUGACGCUGCACCAGUACCAAACGGUGUAUGAGACAAGGUAUUUUGAUCACAACCCGAUUCAAAUCCCGGGUUUGGGAAUGACCCUAGUGCCUCUCGUCAAUGGUAACAAUUUGGGGCUGCUAUUUGGCGAGGAGCCUGAAGAUUUUCAUCAACUGAAUGAGGACUCGGACUCAGACGGCUCAGAUGAGCGGUACGAUUAG